UUCACACAAUUCUUAAUCACAUGUGUGUGGAUCCAUGUAGAUAAGCAUUUCCCGCUAUAAAUACAUUCUCAUUAAGAUCAACCUUUAUGUACGAGCCUACUGCCUAGCUACCUAGCUACCUAGCUACCUUUCAUUUGCACUAAUACUUACAGUGAUAGGCUACCAUGGCUGCCCUAGACAUAUUCCUUUUUCGGGAACUUGCUACAGCGAUUAUCCUCUUCUUCAUCACCCUCUUUUCCGUUCGUUCACUCCUCGGUAAACCUAGUCGGAAACUUCCACCGGGCCCUAAAGGGUGGCCGAUUAUAGGUGCCCUUCCACUUCUAGGAACCAUGCCUCACGUAACAUUAGCCAACAUGGCCAAAAAAUAUGGUCCCGUCAUGUACCUUAAAAUGGGCACUUGUAACAUGGUCGUCGCCUCCACCCCAGAUGCCGCCCGAGCGUUCCUCAAAACCCUAGACAUAAAUUUCUCCAACCGCCCGCCAAAUGCCGGCGCAACCCAUUUAGCCUAUAAUGCUCAGGACAUGGUGUUUGCCGAUUAUGGGCAAAGGUGGAAGUUGCUUAGAAAGUUAAGCAACCUACACAUGCUCGGAGGGAAGGCUCUUGACGACUGGGCUCACGUUCGAGGAAACGAGCUGGGCCACAUGCUCCGGGCGAUGAACGAGUCAAGCAAGCAAGGCGAGGCGGUGGUGGUGCCGGAGAUGUUGACUUACGCCAUGGCGAACAUGAUCGGGCAAGUGAUACUCAGUCGCCGCGUGUUCGUGACAAAGGGCGAGGAGUCCAACGAGUUCAAGGACAUGGUGGUGGAGCUCAUGACGUCAGCCGGGUUCUUCAACAUCGGCGAUUUCAUACCCUCCAUUGCGUGGAUGGACUUGCAAGGGAUCGAGGGCGGAAUGAAGCGGUUGCAUAAACGGUUCGACGUGUUGUUGACGAAGAUGAUAGAGGAGCACACGGCUUCUGCUCAUCAGCGUAAGGGAAAGCCAGAUUUCUUAGACGUUGUCAUGGCUAACCGAGAAAACUCCGCCGGCGAGAAGCUUACUUUGACCAACAUUAAGGCCCUCCUGUUGAAUUUAUUCACCGCCGGCACCGAUACAUCGUCGAGCAUAAUUGAAUGGGCACUUGCGGAGAUGCUAAACAACCCUACCAUCCUCAAGCGGGCUCACGAGGAGAUGGAUAAAGUGAUUGGCAGGAACCGGCGCCUGGAGGAAACCGACAUACAAAAGCUCCCAUAUCUCCAAGCCAUCUGCAAAGAAACCAUGCGAAAGCACCCGUCCACGCCGCUAAACCUGCCGCGCGUCUCAACCGUGGCAUGCGAAGUGGACGGCUACUAUAUUCCCAAGAACACCAGGCUCAGCGUGAACAUAUGGGCAAUAGGGCGCGACCCAGAUGUGUGGGAGAACCCUCUGGAUUUCACGCCGGAAAGAUUUUUGAGUGGCAGAAAUGCAAAGAUUGAUCCGAGAGGAAAUGACUUCGAGUUGAUCCCGUUUGGGGCCGGGAGGAGGAUUUGCGCCGGAACAAGGAUGGGAAUUGUGUUGGUUGAGUACAUUCUUGGCACUUUGGUGCACUCUUUUGACUGGAAAUUGCCAAAUGGUGUGGAGCUGAACAUGGACGAGAGCUUUGGGCUAGCGCUGCAAAAGGCGGUGCCCCUUGCGGCUAUUGUCAGCCCCCGGCUGUCUUUGAGUGCAUAUGCUUCUUAAUUAAGCUAAAUUAUUCCUAAUUAGCGUUUGAUCGAUCCUCCUAAUUAAGCAUUGGCUUAAGUCGGUUACGUUUCUAUAUCUAUAUAUCUAAUGCCUUUAUGAUUUUUACUGUUGAAACUGAUGUAUGUUUCCUCUGUGUUUAAUAUCGUACCGUUAAUAAAGUUAUGAGCCAUUCGGCUUUAAGAAGUA